AGUUGAUAGUGAAUAUUUUUUACGGAAACUGUGACUUUAUUUAUUAUAAUUUCUGUAUUAUAUUUUUAUUUUAGAAUGACCAAAAGGGAACUCUAAUGUAUUUGGUUUUGGCUUCAGCAGUAAUUCAUGAAAGUUUCCACUUGGUGUGACAUUAGUAUGCUUCCUAUGUUUCUUCGCAUUGGUCAUUUUGAUGUGAUGAUGAAUUGAUUGUAUCUAAACUACAGGCGAAGUAGAAGUAAAUGCAUUACUGUUGAUCCAUCACAGUCGAUCUGACGGUUUCGUAUUUCAUAAUAACUCGUCUUGCCUGCUGUGGAUGUGAUAAGGUUUAUACAACAUAGAAAUAGACUGAAUACAGAAUAGUGUGAUACUGAUACAAUAGUUAUACAAGACAUUGGUUAACAAUAGCAGGAAUUUAAAAAAAUGGAUUCCUUGGAAGUAGCUGAAUACUUGGAAAAGGAUAGUGUUGAUUUACUUGAUUCAUUUGAAAUGACUGUGCAAUGGCAUGGAAGGAUAGUAAGGAAAAUUAUCUUCCUGAACUUUGUAACUUAAAAACUCAGUUUACUCAAAUCUGUGAAUGGCAGCUCAAAGUACUAGAAGAAAAAGAAUUAAGUCAAGAGGAAAAAGAGCAGGAAAAGGGAAAAGUGCUCAUGUCCUAUGUGAGCAUGCUGUCAGACCAAAAUGAAGUCUUAAUUCAGGCAUUGACUCACCUAGAGAAAGAAGCUAAGCAAAGAGUUUCCCAAAUGGAGGGAAGGCUAAAGAUGAGUGCUAGGACAACUAAGGAAGCCGUUCUACAGCUCAGUGAGUGGGAACAGGAAAUGAAGAAACUAGUAACUCAUAAGCAUGAACUAGAAGCAUAUUUAGAGGAAACUCAACAAUUACUAUCAGCUGUGAAGGUUGAAAACAGUUUUUUACGAGACCAGAAUGCCAACUACCAGCAUGAUCUUCAGUCACUACUUCGUGUUAUACAAAAUGCUCGUUCUACAGGCAACUGGGAGAUGGAUUGUGUAACGUUUUGUGAAGUUUCUCCUGAAGAUGUGUUUGGACCAAUCAGGCCUUUGUCUGGAAGAUUAUCCAGAGAGUCCUUUACUGGGCAAGAAAAUACGGUUUUCUCCCACUGUGAUGAAUUUCAGUCUCUUGGUGUGACUAGUUCAGAACAUAGUUCCUGCCAUACGUCUCACCGCAGUUCCUGGUCAAACUUCCAAGAAUGUGACAGCCUUGAAAAGAAUUUAGAACAACAAUCAUCAGCAGUGAAAAGUUCUGGAGAUUUUCAGUACUUGCAGCGUUUAAGGGAAGAAACACAGCUUGAGCUUUUAGAAAAAGAUAGACUUAUUGCCAGUUUGGAAGCCCAAAUCACAGCACUUAACCAUGAACUUACUGUAAGGAGUGCCGAGUGUGAACGUCAUCUUCUGGACCUAGAGUUUUGGCUAAAGCAAAAUAAGUCUCGUGCAUCUGGAAGGGGUUAUCACAGCUGCUGUUCCUCCCAUCCCGAGUAUACAGUUAUUACUUCCAGCCCUUCUUGGGGAACGCAGUCUCUUCCUUCCAUGUGUCGUGAACAUUCGUUGCCACAGGAGUCGUCAGUUACUGAAGAACAUUAUGUCAGAAAUAGCAGCCAUUCAUGCAUAAGAGUAAAAGGUUGUGGUGUGUGUACAUGUUCAUCGGGUGACUAUUAUGCUCUUCCUUGUAAUCAUGCAAGUUCUCCAAUUGGAGACACAGAGUGCUCAUAUGUAACACCAAACCCAGAUGCUCAAAAAUGUAUGACCACCAGGAAGAUGCAUUCAGGAGCACAAACUGAUAUUAUCGUAAAGGACACACUUGCAAAGAUACUGAAGGAUGAAGCUUGUCAAAUAAGUAGUCCUUUAUUACCCCUACAGCUAUCAAACAGUAAAGUUGAAAAUGCUUCUCAAACCAAAUUAAUGUCUAAAUCUGUUUCAUCCCAGACCAUGGGUAAGUUUUGUGAUGUAUGCAAUAAUGAAAUGGCAUCUAUACAGAACUUUCCAACAGAGCUACAAAAUUGCUUACAUAUAAAAUAUGCUUCAACACAAACUGAAAUAUUAUUUUCAACUGAGGAUAAUGACCCGGUCAACCACAAGGAAAAGGAUAAAGUUACCCUGGAUCACGUGAUGCUUAUAUGUGGACGAUGUGGUUCUUCAGCUGUGACUGUGAAUCCAAAUUAUGUGGAUGUAGAUGAAACGUUGUCCACUUCAUUACCUUAUCAUCUAAGGCAGGAUAGUCCCGAACUAGAUGGAUUUGUUGAUUGUUUCUCACGCACUUUGGAACCAAUUGAAGAAGAACCUAAUUGUCAGGAAGAGAAGGCACAAGAUGCUCUUCUUCCUGUUUCAUCAUCAUAUGCUGUUAUAACAUUUCCUGAUAAUUUUGGUAAACAACACAGUGAAGAAAUUACAAAAAGACAUGUUUUUCAAACUGGUUCCUGUAACGAAGUCAAGUGUUUUUCAUCACAGAUAAACACUUUAUCUGAAAACUAUAGCAUUUCACAUGCUGACAAUAAUUCAAAUGUUCAUUCUGCUCAAGAGAAGGAAACUUUUGAAGUACCCACUUCUUCUUUUCAGACAAACAUAUCUCCCGAAGUUCACUCUUCAUCAUCUCAAACAAAUAUAAUUCCUGAUGUCCAAAUUUCAUGUUGGACAAACUCAAAUUCUAAAAUCCAGCCUUCAUCUCAGACAGACAUAACUCCUGAAGUUCAGAUUUCUUUAUCUCCAACAAACCUAUCUCCUGAAAUCAAUACUUCAUCAUCUCAGACAGACAUACCCCCUGAAGUCCAGUCUUCAUCAUUACAGACAAACACACUUCCUGAAGUCCUGUCUUCUUCAUCUCAGACAGACAUACCUCCUGAAGUACAGUCUUCGUCAUCCCAGACAAACAAACCUCCUGAAGUUCUGUCUUCUUCAUCUCAGGCAAAUAUAAUUCCUGAAAUCCAGACUUCUUCAUGUCAGACAAACUCAAAUCCUAAAAUCCAGUCAUCAUGUCAAACAAACAUACCUCCUGAAAUUCUGUCUUCUUCAUCUCAGACAGAUCUAUCUCCUGAAAUCAAUACUUCUUCAUCUCAGACUAAGAUAAACAAAAAAAACCAGUUUUCUCAGUCUGAAAUAAUUACAGAAACACAGUCAUCUCAGACUGAGUUAAAAACAGAGUCAAAGUUUUGUAAGACAAAUGAAGGUACAGGUAUUUUUAAUCAUUGUGAAAUACAACCAAACAAUCAUUUUCUAAGUGAUGAACCUAUCCUUGUCCAGUCACCUGAUCAGAAUCCCUUGGAAACUACUGUGCUCCAUUCCCAGACUUACCAGCCCGUUGAUAACCAAAAUGUUGCAUCACUACAUUAUAAUAGUGAUCACUCUGAAGUUCAGCAUUUUGUACAAAAACUGAAGGAUCAACUUAGAAAAGCUGAGGAUAAGGCUAUGGCUAAGGAGAUUCUUCUUGAACAACUGCAGAAUCAUCUCCAGGUAUCAUUUAAAGAACUUGAACUGAAGGACAAAGCCCUAGAAAAUGUAGAAAGGAAGUUAAACACUACUCGCCAAGAUUGUCAGAACUUGCGUGGUAAGAUUUCUGAAUUAGAGAAAGAGAUAGAAAAGUAUCUUGAAGAUGCCAAACAAAGAGAAGAUAACUUACAAAAACAUAUUGAAUCUAGAGAAGAAGAACUUAAAGAGAUAAAGCAGCAACAACACGUACUUCAGGAACAAAAACGGCUACUGAUGAUACAGUUAGAUAGUCGAGGGGAGAAGUUACUUGACACCCAAGAAGAAGUAAUAAAACUGAGGGCUCACUUGGAAGCUCGUGUUCUAGAGGUACAGCAGCAAGCUCUGACAAUAACAAACCUCCAGGAAGCCAUUGUCCAUUCUCGGAGAACCCUUGAUGGGUUGAACCAGUCAGGUACACAUAAUCCUUCACUUGUCAAGAGAACAGGAAAUCCAACAGUACUAAACAUCUGAGUGACUUCUGUCCCCUAUGGUGGUUAAGAAAGUGGACAAUCCAAUAAUACUGAACGUGAGCAGCUGCUAUUACUACUUGCAAAAUUUUUUUAUUAAGAAGGGCACAUCAGCACUGUGUAUCUAUUAAGAAUCAGUCUUUAUGUGACCUGAAGUGCAGCCUUCAGUAAUACCAAGUAAUGUAAGAACUUGCACAAGAACUGGUUUGUCCAAAUUACUCAUAAGCUAGUUGUCAGUAGAGUGUAAAUCUAAUGAUAAAGAAAAUUUAAAACAAUCCUCUCAGUCUAUAGGGUCAGUUCAUGCUUGUAGUAACUACUUCUACUGUUAAAAACUACAAGUUUGCACAUGGAAUGAUGUAGCAAAAUGGCCUUAAUUUGGUCACUACCUAUAAAAGCUCUUUUUUUAACUCAUAAGUACCUCUGUUGCAAUCACUUUAGAAGGCUUUCAGUCAGAUUGCAGUUUCCUACUAACCACCUACAUUAAAACUCAAAAUAUUCACAUUAAUUUACUUCAGCAUUGCAAUAACCUUUUGUAUUUUUUGUUUGCUGAAAAUUGAUAUGCAUCCUUUUUCAACCAAGAAAAAUUGUAGUAUUAGGUAAAAAUUUGAUAGAUUUCAAUAUGUUUUGAAAUUUCGAAAAAGAAUUGAAUUUGUUGUGAUUAGCUAGAUGACAUUUACACAAGUUAGCUAAUUAGUUGAAAUUUUGUGAAGAGCAUGUAUUAUAUCACUUUGUUUAGAAUUUUUUGAAGACUGUUGUUCUUCCUUUGUAAAGGUUUGGAUUAUUGAUUAUUAGACUAUAGAAUACUAAUAUUGGUAUAAAAAUAUACAUUGAAUACAUGUGUUUAUAAAAUGUGAUAUUUAUUAUACAGAGUACUGAUAUUAUAUUUUAUUUUGAAUUUGUUUUCAGCUUACAUAAUGGUAGCUAGACAUACAUGAAGAUCUUGUUAAUUCAUUUCAAGAUAUUUUGUACUUUAUUUUUUCAAUCAUCCAUAUUACUUUAAGGCAAAAUAAUUUCAAAUCUAGUUCUCAACUUCAGUAAAAAAACAGAUUGAAAUAUUUGUAAUAUUUUUAAGUCAUACUUCUAUCCAGUAGAUCUUAAUCUAGCCAAAUUUAUUAACUAAUAUGCAAUGAUUUUGUAUUUUUACUUCACAUAAACUCUGAAUUUUAAAUUUUUAAAUGAUUUUUAAUGCAUGGAGUAAAUUGUAAAACUAAUUUUAAUUUUAGAGCCUCAGGACAAAGCUAAUAUUUCAAACUACAAAUUUACAGAACUGGCUCCUACUCUUUUUAAAACUUUGAUGUGUUUUAAAUAAAAUCCUACUAGUUCUGUUCACUUAAUCUUUUAUUACAUAUUUUGAUUAGCACAUAGUUUAUAAGUGCUUAGAAGUUUAACUCCAGCAUCCAAUAAAUAGUUUUAAUCCCAUUUGUUUUUAUUUGUUAAAUGUAGAGUUUUAUAUGUAUUUCUGAAGAAUGAAAAUCAAAACACUUUUAAUAAUGAUAAAUCUGUUUCUGGAAAGUAUGGGAAUACAAUGAUAAGCCUUUUUCUAGUAAGCAUUGGAAUAUAAUGAUAAAUCUGUUUGUAGUAAGCAUGCAAACAUAAUGAUAAGCCUGUUUACAAAAUUAAUGAAUAUUUAUUACUAACGUGGUUGUAAUGAAUGAAAUAUUUGUGAAAUCUGCAGUGUCUUUGUUUUCCUCAAAUCUGUAAUUAUGGGGUUUCAUGAACUACUGACCAUUUCAAGUAUUAAUUUGUUUCUAGUAAGCAUGGGGACAUAAUGUGUUUCUGGGAAGAAUGAAAAUAUAAUGAUACAUCUGUUUCUAGUAAGCAGGGAAAUAUGAUGAUAAAUCUGUUUAUGGGAAACAUGGGGAUGUGCUGAUCUGUUUCUGGGAAUAGGAAUUUAAUUAUUUACAAUCAUCAGAUAUUGUAACUAGAGAUCUGUAGAAGUAGUUUUAAUAUCUUGCAAUAUUUCCAGCAAGCAGUCAUAAAUUUGAAUUGAAAAUUUAGCAAUUUCUCAUUUGGGUGUAAUUCAAAGUGUUUUAUAAUUACUGAAAUUAAGGGAUAAUUAUCCAAAUUCUGAGCUAAAUGUUAGAUAACAAAAUCUAAGUAUAAAGAAUGUUUUAUUUUAGACAAUUCUCCAGAUCUGUCUUAUCUGUUAGCAUUGGAAGUUUGUAUACCCUUUGGAAAAAAGCUGAUUUUCAUCAUUUUUGAGAGAUCAUUGAAUUACUUUUAUACAUCUUUAAAAGUGAAGCAGUCCAUCAGUGCCACAGGUAGAUUUUUCUAUACUUUGUUUUCUUAACUCAAGGGUUUGUAGUUUGAACCAUCCAUGAAAAAUUAAUAUAGUGUGUAAGAAUAAGAUAAAAAAAAGCUAAUAAUACAUAAGUAGGGUUUUCAGUUACAGAUACUUUACUGUAACUUUGUGGUGAAUGUGUUACGUGUUUAAAAAACCUGCACCAAUAAUACAGAGUUAAAACUCAAUUUCAUGUAAAGAUAGCUGAACACACUUUCAAUUUCAAUGUUUUGCUUAUAUAUAUGUCAAUAAUGUAGCUCUAUUUUUUAAUUUUUCUUACUCUCUUAUUUGUUCUUUUAGACUUGAAAUAGAAGAUUAACCCUUUCCUACUUGAUGCAACACUACAAUUAAAAUGAUAAACUUUUAAAGCUUAGUUGAUUGCCUAGCAGUCAUACUUCACAUGUUAUACUCAGUCUAUAGUUCUUCAUGAGCUUGCAACUCAGAGUCAGUCUUAAAAAGUCUAGGAUCCAUUUUUUCAAAUUUAGCUCAUUUUUAAAAGUUUUUCUAAAAUAAUUAAAAUUUGACAGUUGUUUUGAACUUUUUGCCUACUGACUGAGUAUUUCGUUUGCUUGACGCUAUUUCACAAAUUGAUCUUGUACAUUUAGACAACUGUGAAGAAAGUUUAUCAAAGUUUUGGUGACACACUAAAAACUAAAAAAAUGUUAAAAUACAGAAUUCUACAUUGUAUAGUUUAAUAAUGUAUUUUUUGUGUGUGGUUAAUUUCUGAUACACUUUCACUAUGUUUGCUUCAGGGAAUUUCUAGGUAAGAGAGGAAUAACUGUACCAAAAGCUGAGAUUUUGUAAUAAACCUUUUGUUUGUGUCUGGUCAGCAGCUGCUUAUAUAUAUUGAUCUGGACAAGGAAUGAAAUGGGUUUGAAAAAUUCCAAGAUCUGUAACAUAUUUUUAAUAAUUUUUGUACUAAUUGACUUUCCUCAUAAGAAAGUCACAACAAGUUACUGUACCCUGCAAUAACUUUGUAUAAGAUUUGUAAAAAAAAUAUAGAUACUCAGUCAAGCAAUAAAAUCUUUUAUUUUUAA